GCACUUCCGGGUCAAGCUUCCGCUCGGGCCCGAGCAAGCUGAGCUACCAGUCUGGUUGGUCUCCACACACAUCUUUUAAUCUUGAAGAUUUCAAAAUACGCCUGAAUCUCCCACUUUUUUGGAAAACUCCCAGUACCAAGCAAUAAAUUACCCACCGUGCUCUUGUUAUAGCAUAGAAGCUCCUGAGUUCUCCAGAUCUAAACAAGACUUCCUUCUGUUUUUCCAUGAAGCCACAUUGUUGCCUGUUCACUUUAGUGGUGAGUGUUACUGUUCCAGCUGCUUUUGUUUUGGAAGAUGUAGGCUUCACCCAAAUGGCCCCACUGGGAACAGAUCGUAGUUCCUUCAAUUCAUCAUUUCCUCCAAGCUUUGAGCUCUCAGGUUCCCACUCAGGGGACGAUGUCAUCAUAGCCAAAGAGGGAACUAGUGUUUCACUCGAGUGUCUUCUCACAGUCGACCACUAUGAAGAUGUCCAUUGGUACAACUCAAAAGGACAGCACCUGGAUGGCAGAGGCAGAGGUGGAAAAUGGUUGGUUUCUGAUAACUUCCUGAAUAUCACCAGUGUAGUCUUUGAUGACCGAGGGCUCUAUACAUGUUUCGUCAGCUCUCCAGUUCAUGCCUCCUACUCUGUCACCCUGCGUGUUAUCUUCACCUCAGGAGACAUGAGUGUCUACUACAUGAUUGUUUGCCUGAUUGCCUUUACAAUCACCCUCAUCUUGAAUGUCACACGGCUGUGCAUGAUGAGCAGCCAUCUUCGUAAGACUGAGAAGGCUAUCAAUGAAUUCUUCAGAACUGAAGGGGCUGAGAAACUUCAAAAGGCCUUUGAGAUUGCAAAGCGCAUCCCCAUCAUCACCUCAGCCAAGACUCUGGAGCUGGCCAAAGUCACACAAUUUAAGACCAUGGAGUUUGCUCGUUAUAUUGAAGAAUUGGCGAGAAGUGUCCCUCUUCCGCCCCUUAUUCUAAACUGUCGAGCCUUUGUUGAGGAGAUGUUUGAGGCUGUGCGAGUGGACGACCCUGAUGACAUGGGAGAAAGAAUUAAAGAGAGACCAGCCCUGAAUGGUCAAGGUGGCAUCUAUGUCAUUAACCCAGAGAUGGGCCGGAGUAAUUCACCGGGAGGAGAUUCGGAUGAUGGUUCUCUGAAUGAACAAGGCCAGGAGAUAGCAGUUCAGGUUUCUGUCCACCUUCAGUCAGAAACCAAAAGUAUUGAUACAGAUUCUCAAGACAGCAGUCAUUUUAGCCCACCUGAUGAUAUUGGAUCUGCCGAAUCAAACUCUUACUCCAAAGAUGGGACAUUGGAAAGCCGUCAGUUGUGAGCUAUGCCGGUACCUUAAAAAAAAAAAAAAAAAAAAAAAAGCUCUCACAAAAGGAACCUGUUUCAUGCAGGAAAUAACAUUUUUACCAAAAGAUAACUGGGGGUUUCCCCCUUGUUAAUAUUAAGCACAUCAGAAUGUGAAUUAUUGCCAAAAUCUUUGUAAAAAUUCAGUGUUUUUCAUACCUGAUAUUUCUCAGCUUGAUUAAAUGACACCUAUUAAGAUUUAAAGGAGUUUGAGAGGUAAGCAUAAUGGACAAAGUACCACACUUAGAGUUCCAUGGCUUCUCUUCUGGUCGUGGUUCUUCCAAUGGUUAGGACUGACACCCUGAGGCCUCAGUUUUCCCACCAGUAAAAUGGGGGAUUUGCAUUAGAUGAUAUCUAAAGUCAUUUCUAGCCCUGUAACUUACCUGUCCCCUUUAAACCACCAGAAUCAUUAGCACAUCUUGAAGUAAACCCUUCCCUAGACUUUUAAGUCCCUUUUCAUGGAAAGGAUAAAGCUGAAACUUUAUUUUGUGAUUUAGAUUCCCAUACUAAUGCCAUAGUGCAUAGAGGUUUGGGUGUUUCUCAGAUGUUUUGCCAUGUGGAACGUGCAAUUAUAUGUGCUAGGUUGGGUCUCUUUGGUGUAGCCAAUGUCUGUAUUGUUAUACAGAUAUCAGGGAGCUAACUGCUCAUUAAUAAAAUACUUUCCGUGAGUAAAUUGGUCCUUUUGGGGGAUAGAUCAUGUCUUUUUAACUUACUGGAGUAUCAUUUAGUUCAUUGAGCUUGGCAGUGAUUUCCCAACUGAUCUCCAAAAGUGAGCAAUUUGUUCUUAAGGAAUAAUGUUGAAGACAUUAUUGAAGACACUGAAGGUGCUUCUAGAAUAAGAAACAAUGUCAAAUCAUCUCUCUCUGGCAAAUCAUGGAUUUUUGACAUUUCUGUUAAUAGAAUUUCUCAGGCUUUCCCUUUUUGAAAGUACUGGACUCUGUAAGAGGGUUCUGUGUUUGGGAUCCCGUUCCAGGGGGAAACUCAGAGCUGGGUUCGUCUUUAGAUUUCUAUCAACACUCUUGCCCUCCUUGGUUGUUAAUAUGGUGCUAAAGGCUGCAUGCCUCCUUAUCUGGUUUAUUUUGUUUAUAUUUUGUUGUUGAGGUUUUUAUUUUUGUGUACUUCAGAUAUAGAAUGCUGAGCUAGGGCUGCUUUUGUGGUCUUCCUUAGAAGCACUAACCUGAAAUAAGAUUAGAUAAUGGUGUGUGGUAUAUACGAAUAUAUUAAAUACAUAGGCACAGAGACAGGUACCAGUACGUAGAUACUUAUACACACAAAUGAUAUAGAGACAAAGAGGGAGAGAAAUUAUGGAUGAUGCCACCUGAUUCAGCUGUGUACAAUGAACACUUGAGACAGUAUUUCUUGCCUGGCUGAGGCCUGAUACAGAAUUGUAAAUACUCUUCAGAAUAAUUUCUUCAGCUACCAGAAGCUUGGUGUCAUACGAUUUUUAAGAACUUGGCAGUUGAUCUCCAUUUGGUGCUUCAUGUUUCUUCAUUUGGCUUCUGAUUAUUGAAGCAUUACUUGAACUAGAGGCUCCUGAGGGAAAUGUUCAGAAGGGGCUUUACCAGGAUUUUAAUUUAAGGUUUCAAAUGGAGAAAGGCAAGAAAAUGGAGCGCAUAACCAGAUAGAGCUCACACCUCCCUUUGUCCAGACUCACCACAAGUAAUACGUCUCUUCUGGAUCGCAUGAAUGAAUCGGUGUGCACUCUUAUCAGAUGGCUUUAUGGAUAAAGAGGAUAAUGCUGCCUUUUCUGUCUCUCAGGCUGUUUCCAUGGCAACCUCCAGAGCCAAACAAAAGCUACCCAUCAUUUAACCAAAGCUUGCCUCGGCUCAUGGACCUGCAUGGCUUUAAGGAAUAAUGUUUUCAUACAGUUGGCUAUGAGAGCAAGGGCUCUUGCUCUCUUCACCAUACCCUAGAUUAUAGAACACUUUUUCCCUUCCCAGGCUGUUUCUCUUGAAAAAUUAAAAAUGCUAAAAAUCCCUUGUCUGAGGUCCGUUUCCUGACCAUCCCUCAGAUCUUUAGGUAGUACCUCCAACCCGGUCCCAGUGUAGUGAGUUUAGGGUCAUUUCUUAGAAUAACGUAGCUUCUCACACUAGAGAAAAUGGAUUUAUCCCGCAUGUUCUCACGAUGGACAUGAGUGUUUGGAACCUUAAGGUAGACCUAUUUAACGGUCAGAGUCCUGAGAAAUGGGACUUUGGAACAAAUACAGUAAGUUUACACAAUACUGUAUAACUGUAGGCUACUCUAGUGUGUCACCUUUAGAAACAUAAUGGUGACUUAAUUUGGCAGCCCAAAUAGCUGGAUUACUUUGAAGAUUCCAGAUUAUGGUGCCAGUGAUUAAAGAAUUACAUAGUCAAAAUUUAAUUGGAGUUGGUGUUAUUUUCUAAAGCUAGUUUCCUAGAGGAAGAAAACCACACAUUAUUAUUUUCUGUAUCUAACCAAAUACUCUUCAUAUAUAAUUAAUAGUCUCAUGUUUUUGUAAAAUCCUUAACCUUUUGAACUUAAACUACAGUCAAACAGUCUUUUGACAAUAACUGUGGUGUAUUUAAUCUUUUAAAGUUUCACUGGAUUUUAUAGUUAGUAAAAAUGCCUUUACUCAGCAAAUGUGUUUAAGAAGUCCUGUCAUCUCAUUUAUAAAUUUUGUAUUGUGACCUAAUGAACCUUAUUGUCCUUAUGAAAUGAAAUGGUGGCUUUGUGAAAUAAAUUUACCAAAAAUAGAUGUAAACAUUUUAUAGAUUCCUUGCCAGCUGAAACCAGGAGAGGCAUCUUUUGAACUGAUACCCGACUUGAGUUUUAGGUAGUUUGAUAAGCCUAUCCUCAAAGUCGCAUCUGUUCUGAUAGUUAAAUUUUUGAUUCAGGACCAGUGAGCAUUUGUAGUUCUCCCAACUACCUUGAUAUAAAUACCUUAGGAGUUGCUGAUCUGAAACAGUUGUGAGAAGGUUCUUGGCUUCUUUGCCUCACUUAACAUGCAUUUUGAAGUCAAAGCACGCUGCUUUCUGUUUGGUCCACCAGCCUCAGUGAAGCCCUUGGUGCAUUCCUCUCCACACCCUGCACGUAGUUUCACCCUUGAUCAGACUCUGUCUCGCAGGUCCCAGAGUGCCCAGAGCACAGCCGGCCGUGGGUGCCAGCCUUGUCUCCGCACACCAGCACUUAGAACACAAGUAGACCCUAGCUCCUGAGUCACCAGUAAGAGAACACAAUCUUGUCUCAUCUACGCAGGGAAUUUGGAAAAUGCUCAGCUUUAUACAUAAACCCCUAGGUUCUCAACACAUUUCAUAAAAGUGAGUAUUAUUUGGUAUGAUUCAGAUGAUGUUUAAAUGGUCACCAUUUUAAUGAAUACUUACAUUAUGAUUUUGUCCUUUUUAAAAAAAAGUGAUGCUUGAAUAUAUUUAUUAAAUGUUCAAUUGACUAUA